AUGGCUGCCACGUCAGUAUUACCCGCAGUAGACACCAAGACCCCAUUUAUCCAGACGAAGAAGAGCGCCACAGAGAAGAAUAAGGUAGUACAGGAUCUACUCAAGCUUAUCGAGAAAGAAUACCAACAAGGAAACCAGACCGUCACUAAGGACAAGUACGAGCAGCUUUUGAAGCUCAAGCGGGAACAGCAGAAGCAGCAGGAGCAACAAAAACAGCAGCAAAGAAAGCAACAGCAACUGCCCCCUUUACCUCCUCCUUUAUACCCUCCAAUCUUCCACAAGUUUUCAGUGCCCAAGCAGGAGCCUGAGACGCCAUCUAGCCCAAAGAAGUUUCGCAAGAGAAAACAGAGAUUCACAUUCAAGAAGGUCGAGCACGUGGUAAUUCUGAUAUUGGAGCUGCUAGCAAACAUUCUUGACAACAUGCACUUGUUUUCGAAACUCCCGAUGUUCCCAGCGAAAUUGGCUCAUCUUUUGAAACACACCAACCGGUUGUGGGUGCUUAUUUUGAUUUUCUUGCUCCGAAAGACGAUAUCUCAGCUACUCAAUGUGAUACGCAAAGAACGCAAGGUGCGUACGGAGUUGUCCAUCUUGAAGAACCAGUCUAACUCGAAGCUCUUGGAGGAGCCUGAGAAAAAUGAAAAUAACGUGCUUCUUAAGUACGAAAAAGUGCUCCGGGACUUGAAGUUCGAUAAAAUGAUGCUUCGCUUCGAACUCGUGGGGAACUUUUUGGACUUGACCUUUAACGUGAUUGAGCUCUACGCCAUGGCCGUGCCCGACUGGUUUAUGAACUUCUUGAACAUCGCCAGCAUGGGUAUGACCAUCUACAGAAUGAACAAAGACGAUGAGUACAUUGAUGACGACAUCACAGAGGACUUGAUCUAA